GUGUUUGCACUGGUGGUGCAGACAACGUGCAUUUCGGUGGUAACUAAGGCUGCAUGGUAACCUCAUGGCUCUGUUUUAGUACUAAGUUGGAGCUAGAAACUCUCAGAAGGAGAGUAAUAUCCACAGACUACGGCAGGGCCCUGCUCCAGACUCCUGAGGCCUCAGCAUCCUUCAUCAGCAGGGGGCACUCAAACUCCCAUCUCCUCUGACACCGAACGUCCAGCUUGGAGUCUGUGAGGUGGGGGCCCAAGUGACCCAGAAGUCUCCACAGCAGACUAAACCCGUCCCAGAGGCUUCUCUUGCUUCCAUCCCCGAGACCACCAGGUCCGGUUCUCUUGGUUGUAGUACACAAGUGAAACUCCUUUUUGAAUGCAGGACCCUGGGGAAUGAAUCUCAGAUGACCAGGGCCAAGGGACGUCUCAUAACCCUCAGCCUUGUGAGCAGCACUUCCAUGUAGAUGUCAUUCACUGCAGAGCAGAGGGCGUCUCAGAAGUGAGGACACAGGACAUGCAGUGCUGGGUGUGAGCCCAGGCCCUUGUGCAUGCCAGGCAGCUGCUCCACCGUGGAGCUAUUCUUCAAGCCACUGUCUUCAUGCUGUGAAGCUUCUCUGAAUUGUUUGUAAAACCUGAGGAUGUGACAUAAAGGAAUGAUGCGAAAUAGAUCGGAGAGUUGAGCUGAACCACACUCCGACAUGUUCACAGAUGCAGAACCCCCGGACCCGUUUCAUAACUUAGGUCCAGUUCUUUUCCUGGCGGCAGAACGCUUCUCCUUUGCAGAACGCAUGGAACGCAGUAGGCAGAGACACUAUGCCAGGCCAUGAGCAGAGCCUCUUCCUGCCACACAGAGAUCCUAUUUUAACUUAAUUUAACUCACCACACCAAACAGAGUGCUGGGGCCUCUGAACUGCAUGUGGCUCUCACGUUUCCUUGUCCUGCUUGGCCCUCUCUGGCUGCAGUUGCACAAUGGUGAACUGCACACAAGUCUCAGAGUUUGUCUUACUUGGCUUCAGAGGGGGCCCGGGAACGCAGAUCUCGCUGUUCCUUGUGUUUCUGGCCCUGUACACCGUGGCCGUGGUGGGGAACUGUGGCAUGAUUGUGCUCAUCAGGGCCGACGCGUGCCUGCACACCCCGAUGUACGCCUUCCUCCAAAGCCUGUCCUUGCUGGACAUCUGCUACUCCUCCACUAUUGCGCCCAGGGCCCUGGUGGACUUCUGGGUCCGGGGCCACACGGUGUCCUUCGGUGGGUGUGCAGCCCAGUUCUUCUUCCUGUCCCUCUUUGGCACCACCGAGGCCUUCCUGCUGGCCGCCAUGGCCUACGACCGCUUCAUUGCCAUCUGCAGCCCCCUGCGCUAUCCCGUGACCAUGUCGCCCCAGCUGUGUGCACACCUCGUGCUGGGGUCCUACUCUUGGGGGGCCCUGAAUGCUCUCACGCAGACGACCAUGACCUUCACGCUGUCCUUCUGCGGGCCCAACGAGGUCAAUGACUUCUUCUGUGACGUGCUUCCCGUCUUGUCCCUCUCCUGCUCCAACACCUUCACCAACCAGCUGGUUCUGCUUGGCCUCUGCGGCUCCAUCAUCGUCGGCACCUUUCUCGUCACGCUGGUCUCCUACAUCUACAUCAUCUCAGCAAUCCUGAAGAUCCGCACCGCGCAGGGACGCCACAAAGCCUUCUCCACCUGCGCCUCCCAUCUCACCGGGGUCUGCCUGUUCUUCGGCACCGUCUUCUUCAUGUAUGCACAGCCCAGCGCCGCGUCCUCCAUGGAGCAGAGCAAGGUGGUGUCCGUCUUCUACACCGUGGUCAUCCCCAUGCUGAACCCGCUCAUCUACAGCCUGAGGAACAGCGACGUACAGCGUGCGCUGAGCAGGGCCAAGCGCAGGCUGUCCUGGCUGUAAUGGUGCCGUGGGCCCCAGGGCCAGCCUGGGGUCCACCCUGAACCUCGACUGUGCCGGGUGGCGGACUUCAGGAUGCGGCUUUCCGGGUCCCUGUGGAUGCCCUGUCUGCAUCCCGGGCUGUGGUGUAGGAGAGUUUCGGUUGACUUGAUGUCUUCACCAGCAGCAGAAGUGUGGCUCACGAGGGAAGAUGUUGAGGACUGGAAGACUGGGCGACUGAGUGGAUGUUUGUAUGGGUUUUAUCCUGUAUGUUCCGUAGC